ACUAUCAGGACACGGUCACAACCUCCUCCUCUCUUCACACUCUCCUAAGGUCCCAAACCAUCCUCUACAAAAUGCUCACAUCCAUCUCUUCUCUCUCUAAUCCUCUCACUAUCACCACCGCCGGCACCGCCACAACCAUCACCACCGCCUAUAAUUUUCCGCUUACUGUAAUCCCAUGUCAUCAAUUUCAGCUCGAUUUUUGGCACCUUCAUUGCCAAAUUACUCGAACCGUUCCAAAACCAGACUCUACGCCACUCCGGCCACCACGAAGGUUGUGACGUCGCCGCCAGGAGCGGCGGAGAUCGAUGGGGAGAGGCUGGAGCCGAGAGUGGAGGAAAGAGAAGGGUAUUGGGUACUGAAGGAGAAGUUCAGGGGAGGUAUAAAUCCUCAAGAAAAGGUGAAGAUUGAAAAAGAGCCCAUGAAACUAGUCAUUGAAAAUGGUAUUGAGGAAAUUGCUAAGACCCCAUUUGAAGAGAUAGAGAAAUCAAAGCUCACUAAGGAUGAUAUUGAUGUGAGGCUAAAGUGGCUUGGUUUAUUCCACAGAAGAAAGCAUCAAUAUGGUAGAUUCAUGAUGAGACUGAAGCUACCAAAUGGUGUAACAACAAGCGCACAGACUCGAUAUCUAGCCAGUGCUAUAAGGAAAUAUGGGAAGGAGGGCUGUGCAGAUGUGACUACAAGGCAAAACUGGCAAAUUCGUGGCGUGGUACUGCCUGAUGUGCCAGAAAUUCUAAAGGGACUUGCCGAAGUUGGCUUGACAAGCUUGCAAAGUGGCAUGGACAAUGUGAGGAACCCAGUUGGUAAUCCUCUUGCAGGGAUUGAUCCAGAUGAGAUUGUCGAUACAAGGCCUUAUGCAAACUUGCUUUCCCAAUUCAUCACUGCCAAUUCACUUGGCAAUCCAGCAUUCACUAACUUACCGAGGAAGUGGAAUGUAUGUGUAGUGGGUUCUCACGAUCUUUAUGAGCAUCCCCACAUCAAUGAUCUUGCUUACAUGCCUGCGACAAAGGAUGGUCGGCUUGGAUUCAAUUUGCUAGUGGGGGGAUUCUUUAGCCCCAAGCGGUGUGCAGAGGCAAUUCCUCUUGAUGCCUGGGUUCCAGCAGAUGAUGUGAUCCCAGUGUGCAAAGCCGUGUUGGAGGCUUACAGAGACCUCGGCACUAGAGGGAACAGGCAAAAAACAAGAAUGAUGUGGUUAAUUGAUGAACUUGGCAUAGAAGGAUUCCGGUCAGAGGUAGUGAAGAGAAUGCCUCAACAAGAGCUGGAGAGAUCAUCUUCCGAAGAUCUGGUUGAACAGAAGUGGGAGAGGAGAGAUUAUCUCGGUGUCCAUCCACAGAAACAGGAAGGCUUUAGCUUCAUGGGACUUCACAUCCCAGUAGGUCGUGUCCAAGCAGAUGAUAUGGAUGCGCUUGCACGGUUAGCAGACGAAUAUGGCUCAGGAGAACUCCGGCUCACUGUGGAACAAAACAUUGUCAUUCCUAACAUUGAGAACUCGAAACUUGAGGCCUUAUUGAAGGAGCCUCUUCUAAAGGACAGGUUUUUGCCGGAGCCUCCUCUUCUAAUGAAAGGAUUGGUAGCCUGCACUGGCAAUCAGUUCUGUGGGCAAGCCAUAAUUGAGACAAAGGCCCGGGCAAUGAAGGUGACUGAGGAGGUACAACGGCUAGUUUCAGUGACUCGGCCAGUGAGGAUGCACUGGACAGGGUGCCCCAAUAGCUGUGGGCAGGUUCAAGUGGCGGAUAUCGGAUUCAUGGGGUGCAUGGCAAGGGAUGAGAAUGGGAAGAUGUGCGAAGGGGUAGAUGUCUUCUUGGGAGGGAGAAUUGGGAGUGACUCGCAUUUGGGAGAUCUUUAUAAGAAGGGUGUCCCUUGCAAGGACUUGGUGCCCUUAGUUGUGGACAUUCUCGUCGAUCGAUUUGGCGCUGUCCCAAGAGACAGAGAAGAAGGGGAAGAUUAGGUCGAAUGUAUAUGUCCUUGGUUCAUUGUUGGUUCUUACCAGUUCAGAAAGAAAAAUAUGCAAGCAUUUGGACAAAGAAAACCAUGGAAGCAUGUAUUGAAGAGAUAUUUGUUGAUCGAACUUGAAGAACUGAUUAAAAGGUCUGUAUUGGUGACAAGUAAAAUUUAUUCAUUCAGAUAUGUAUUUGAAAUAAGAGUUACUUUGGUAAAUUGGUUCAGAAAAGUUAUACAACAUAAGAAAGUGCUUGUAUGCCA